AUCGCAGGGUGCACUACCGUGACACUCUGCGGGGUUGGAAAUUCGCGACGGAACAGGAGCGCCGCGAUCGUGAGAGCGGCGAAAAGCUACGUGAGAUGAAGGCUUCGCGGAAAGCAAGCAUCUCUGCGAUUAUCGAAGCGCAUACGGAAGCCAACAGUCUGGCCCUACAGGGAAAGUUCUUUGUGCAGUGGCAUCGUGAACUGGAAAUUGCAAGGAAGGCAGAUAAGGCGAAGAAGUUGGAGAUUGCGGAGCAGGUGGCUUCUCACAGACUCGAGAUGUUCAAGCGAACUGCGCUCGACAACGGCCAACAUCUCUUUUUGCAAGGCGCGUUCAUCAUGUGGCGCGAGGCAAUCACGGGUCAGAGGCUCCAGUCGAGACUGGAAAAGAUGAUCAAUGACUCCCAGCAGAUGAAGGAUUUUCUCGGUGACUCGAUGGAUAAACAGCAAAACAGCUUCACUUUGCGGGCAUGCUUCCACAUGUGGCACGCCGUGGAGGUGCAAGGGGCGCGUGCGCAACAAGACGUAGAGUCAAAGUUGAAGAAGCAAGCUUUUGCGAGCCGGCAGAAGCUCGCGCAGAAAUUCCUCGAUGAGUCCGCAAAGGGCUUGCUGCAGUUCGCAUGGACAGCUUGGAAGCACGAUAGCGAAGAUGCUGUACGGCGCCGUCAGGCGCUCGAACACAAGCAAAACAUUGCCCGAUCCAUGCACGCGGGUACUGGAGCAAUGCUCGUUCAGCAAAGCUUCGCCGAGUGGGUACUGAGACCUACAUUUUUAUUUGUUGAAGGUCAAAAUGUUCAUACACUUACGUGUUUAUUGAUGUUAGUUGUAGCUCAUUUUUUUUCUAUUCGAAUCCUCGAUCACGCGGACUGCAUCUGUAAGCAUUUCUUUGUAGGUGUAGAUUCGUCCUCGUGAUAAAAAUAGACAAUGCCUGGAACAGCCCAGUCUCAUACCCAUUGAGACUUUGCAAGACUCAGAUUGUUUGUAUAAAUUCGAGACCAUGCCACGAUUAGCUAAAAAUCGCACUUAGCAUGCUCAAAUUGGGAAUAUCCAUACAUCAUGAUGAACAUACUUACCUACAACAGGCUCAUUUAGUGCGCGAAGUGAAAUACGCGGAGGAGAAGGAGAAGGCCGCCGUUCAGGCUAAGUUAGCACGUUCCGAGACGAAAAGGAAGCACCUCGCCAAAAUGAUGCAGCAAUUUGCGGAACAAGAUUUGUUUCUGAAGCGUCAGGUGCUUCACAAGUGGACGGGCCUAGUGGCUGAGAACAAGGCACUGGCCCUCUCGCACAAGCAAAUCUUGUC